AUGAAAUAUCAUCAUCGUAUGUGUAUUAUUGGUGGUGGUGGAUAUUUUGGACAGCAUAUUGCUGGAGAAUUGCAACAGCAGGGCUUUCAUACCGUAAUUCUUGACAUUAGUUUUUGUGAUGUACCAGUUGUGAAAUUAAAUGAAUCUCUCACAACCCGAAUAAAGGGUUCAUUAUUGGAUAUAAAUGUAUUAGAUCAGGCAUUAAACGGUUGCGUUGCAUGCUUUCAUAUUGCCGCUUACGGUAUGACCGGCGGUGCUUCCUUGGACAAAGAAAUGAUAUACUUAAUUAAUGUUACUGGUACUAAACAAGUAUUAGAGCGCUGUCGUAUCAAUGGUGUACAAAGAUUUAUAUUUGCAAGCUCUGUAGCUGUCAUUUUUACUGAUGAGGAACUACAUGAUGCCGAUGAAUUGACCCCAUAUCCACAUCCAUCUAAGUACUAUUCAUACUAUGCAGCAUCUAAAGCAGUAGCUGAGAAAUUUGUAGUGAACAGUAACUGUGACACAUUAAAAACAUGUGCUCUUCGGUACCGUGGAAUAUACGGUCCGGCAGAACCGCGAACCGUAAAAAGGACAGUGGAUAUGUGCAAACGUGGUUUAGUUUUUGCAACUUUUCAUAAAUUCCAUGAAACUACCACUCAGUAUAGUGGAAUUGUAAAUAGCACUACGGCUAUGAGAUUAGCAGAAGAUGCAUUAAGACGAGGUAUCGCAUGUGGUAAAGUGUAUAAUAUAGUUGAUGGUGGUCCACCUGUUGGAUCAUUCAGUUUUUGGUUUCCGCUUAUUCGUGCAUUUAAUAAACCAUUACCAAUGUUUAAUAUACCGUAUACAUUGGUAAUAUCAUUGGCUAUAUUAUUCGAAUAUCUCUAUCGCUAUUUUGGUCUAGAACCAUUAUUUACCAGGCUUGAGGUGAAUCUUGUCUCAAUUACUAAUACUUAUUCAAUUGAACGAGCUAAACAUGAUCUCGGCUAUAUGCCAAUUCAAAAUCAUGACCUUACCGAAGUGAUAUAUUUUUAUAAAAGAGAUAAUAAUAGAAAAAAAGAUAAUAAAAUUACAAUAUCAUCAAUAUCAUCAGGUAAAAAACAUUCAAAUAUUGCUCUUCUUAAUAAUAUCAGUUUUAUUUUACUUAUACUAAUUGUAUUACUUUUUUGGAUUGGUAGUGUAUUGUUUAUGUAA